ACUUCUGGUGUGUUUAUACUGCAGCUGCAAACAAAUUGCACAGACUCGUGUGCACGCUUUCCACGCGCGGGCCACGCGCUUUCAAUGACCAGCUCGUUGAUAUUCAGAAAGAUUACCCUUGGAUAUGUGUACCUUUUGGCUGCAUGUAUAGCCCUAGGCGAGCAAGUCGGCAGCCAAUCGCUGCAUGACACGAGAGCAAACUCGACACAGAAUAGCUCAGCAGCGCGGGUGUGGCUGGAUUCGGCCUUCUUCUCGGAUGGCGAGCUGCAAAUCCUAAAGGACAUCGCCGAGCAGUCGGCGGGAGCACUGGUUAUUUCGGGCGAGACGCGCUCGUCAUUCCUUUCCAUCAAGGGCGCAUACGUGCCAACCAAAUGGGACCUCUAUUGGACCGUGCGCCGGGCGUGCCACUCGGUGCUCGGUGCGAUCGCGCCGCCCAAGCGUGUCAACUGCGUUCCCGGUGUGGAGUCGGUGGCGCACAAGCAGCCGCUGGUGCGGACCAUGCAGGAGGCUUACGGUGAGGCGGCUUUCGCCUACAUCCCGCGCAGCUACAUGCUGCCGGGCCAGUACUGGACGUGGCGGGCGUGGACGCAGCACGCGCUCUCGCCCGCCGACCUGCCCUGGGUGCUCAAGGCUAACGAGCACCGCGGCCGCGGCGUCAGCGUCAUGCGGCAGGCCCAGGCCCAGAAGCAGGCCCUGAUAGGGAUCGGCAGCGGCGCCGCCGCCGACGACAGCCAGCUAGACGGCGCCGCCGCCGCCGCCGCCGCAGAUGCCGCCGCCGCCUCGUCCCAGUCGAAGGGUUACGUGCUCGUCCAGAGCUACGUACGGCAGCAGUUUCUGUACGACGGCAGACCCAGCUACUUGCGGUUGUGGGUCGUGGUGACGGGGAUCCGGCCGCUGCGCGCCCAUCUGUUUCGCGGCGGCGUGCUUGUUUUUGGAGACCGGGUGGGGCCAAGCGGCGGCGGCGGCGGAGGAGCUGCCGCAGGCGGUGGCAAGCGGCGGCGGCGGCGCCGGAGCGGCGCCGGCGAGGCGGCUGGCGCCAGCGGCGCCGCUAGCGGCGGAGCCGGCGAAGUCAGAGGUGGAGAGCACCGGCGGCUUCUUGUGGCUGGGAGAGUCGCCGGCCCCGGGUUGGAGGUGGAGUGGGAGGACGGGGCGGACGAGGGGGAGGAGGCGUGGGGGCAGGAGGAGGACGAGGAGGAGGUGGUGCCGGCGACCGGGAUGACUGGAGGCCGCAGCCUCCUGCAAGACCAGCAGCCGCAGCAAACGCCCAACGCCGACAGCGCCGGCGCCAACGCUGGCGCUGCUGCCACGAAGCAGGGGGCCUCUGCAGCCGCCGCCGGCGGAGGCAGCAGGUAUGAAAUGCACAAGGUGAACUACUGGACCAUCGCCGGCGAGAAGAUGCAGCCGUGGACGGUGGCCAAGCUGCGUGCGCACGUGGAGGCGGCGGCGGGGCCGGGCGCGUGGGGCCGCACGUGGUCGCACGCGCAGGCCUCCAUAGGCAUGGUGUUGGCGAGCGCCACCAAGCGGAUGCGGGCAUCCAUGCGGGGCCUGGCAUCGCUGGAGGGCUGCGGCUUCGAGGUGUUGGGCGUUGACUUCCUGCUGAACUCCACCUUCCACCCCACGCUGGUCGAGCUGAACGCCCUGCCCUCCCUGGCCCGACUGCGCCUGGCGCCCGGAGACCCCGCCCUGCUGCAGCAGCAGCGGCUACAGCAGCAGCAGCAGGGGAAUACAACUGGCAGUAGCAGCGCCGGCACCGGCAGCGGCGUCGGCAUUGGGAGCGGAAGCAGCAGCAGCAGUGGCGGCGGCGCAGGCAGGGUGCUGCUGGCGGGUGCGGGCAACGGCGCAGGCGUGGCGGUGUCGGAGCAGCAGCAGGAGCAAAACGCGCGGGGAGAGGCGGCGGCGGCGGCGGCGGCGGCCGCCGUCGCGGCCUUUGACCUAGAGAAGGAGCGAUUCCUGCAACACACGUUUCGGCUGGUGGGGAUGCCGCUGGGGCCGGCACCGGGGCGUGCCGCCGCCGCAGGCGCAGGCUUCAGCUCGGGGGGUGGGGUUCCUGGCCCGGAAGCUGGGGCGAAGCUGGGUCAGGUGCUGCGGUCCUUCACUGCACUGCUGCGGCCGCCCAACAACGAGACGCGCGACCUGCAGGUGUGGCUGCGCACGCACUACCCGGCCGCGGUGACUGCCGCGGCCGACGCCAUUCCCCGACUGGCACUCCUGCUGUGCCCCGUGCCAGCAUCGUGGGGCCCCGCACCCGGCUGGCCCGUGCUGCCCGCCCCUGCUACUGCCGCCGCCAAGGCCUCUGCUACUGCUACUACUACUGCUACUGCAGCAACUGCCGCGGCGGCGGCGGGCCGCCGCCAGCGUCACCGACAGCUGCUGUCAGCAGACCUGGUAGGGGCGGCGGGAGCUGAAGAGCCGCUGGCAGUUGCUGACGGGGGCAGCCCGUUGCAGGAGCCGCUUGCGCGGAACGUGGCCCUUGGGCUGCCGCCGCGGGGUCCACAACGGCGGCUGCGGUCUCAGUGGCAGUUGCAACCGCAGCGGCGGCCGCAGGACCAGGAUGCGGCUUGGCCUGGAAGAGGCGGGAGGGGCGCUAGCGAGGGCUCAGCUCUCGGCCUGCCGUUGGAAGGCGACAUGCAGGAUGACGAGGCUGGCCGAAGGCUGCUGUCUGCCUCUUCCGCGUCCGCAGCCGGAGCCGGGCCGGGAGCAGGGCCCGCGGCGGCCCUGGCCGCAGCGGCAGCGGCGGCCGGGCUGUGCAAACUGCGGUGCUACGAGUGGGACAUGCUGGCAGCUUUGGGGGAUGCGGAGUUUGAGUUGGAACAGGAUUUGGAUUUCGACCCCAUCUUUCCUAUGGCGGAAGCUGCCGCGCUCAAUGCGGCGGCGCUGCGGGAAGCUGCGGCGCUGAAGCGCGCCGGCACGCGCGGCGACGGUGGCGCGGGAGGCAGCAGCGGCAAGGACGCGGCGACAGCGGCAACGGCGACUGGUGGGAGUGGCAACGGAGAGGAGGGAGAAGGGGAGCUAGACAUUUCCAGCGCGAGGGGCGGACUGUUCGCACAACAGAGCCGCCUGCAGAAGAUCCGCAUGGGGCUGGGAUUCGUACAGGAGAGCAUCGGCGCCGGCGCGGUGAAUCUGGAUCUGGUCAAAUCCAUCAAGUACAUGACGACCAAGCCGUACAUCCUGGCUGCGACGCGGCUGCCGUACGCACGUGUGGAUGCGAUCCUGGCGUCGUACCAGGUGGUACGGGCGCGCCGUGCGGAGCUCUGCGGCGCGAAGGGGAUGGAGGCGGCGGAAGUGGCGCGGUGUGGGGUGGUGCUGCUAAGGGCGGCGUUGGAUGCCAUGUGCGGCGGCGUUGAACACAGCGCAGCCGGCAGGAGCUGACACCUGAGAUGAGUGAACGUCAUGUUUCUGACGGGUGCAUCCCUGUUCCUGAUGAUUCCGCAUGGGUACCUGGGUAGGCUAGAAGAGAAGUGGCCGUGGUAUUGGGUCAGGUAGUGGGGCGAGGGCGCAGGCGUCGGCAAGGUCAGGAGUUUGAGCACGUGACGUUGAAGGGGCGACCCUGGCAUCCUAUGUAGGUGCGAAAGUUGGUAUUUGGUUGUGCCGUCAGGUGCCGUAUCGGAUAGCUGGUCUCGCCGUCCCGCGGAUGGUUGGGGGGGGAUGCGUUGAGGAGGUUGGCCGGGAAUGCGAGGAGGCGCGUGCCACAGACUGCUGUGGCCAGCUGUCCGUGCCAUCAACGCUAUCGUGCCCAACCAACCUUGCCAAGGAGGCCUGGCAGGACAGGUUCAUGAAAUAGGAGACACCGCAGUUGGCAAGCAGCCGCUUCUGGAAUGCGUAGGUCCCAGGCAAGGUUGCAAGAAACAGGAGGUAACACCUCGCUCAAGUUGCCC